AUGGCCAUCCACCGCAGCAAUCUCUCUAGACACUUCAAGAUCUCAAGGAUAUGGCACCAAUCGAAGCAAUAUCGCGCCAAAUCCUUCGCCUCCUCAUCUCCGACGAGUGAGGCUACGCACCUCAAGGUCCUCACCGGGCUCCUGCGCGACACAUGUUCGCUGAAAUGCCUCAGAGAGCUCCACGCGCGUCUCGCAGUCGCGGGUGCGAUCCAGGACAGAUUCGUUGCCACAGGCCUUGUCGAAAGGGUUCUGCGUACAGGGCAUGGGGGCAGUGUUGGCGUGCAGACUGCGCUCCUUGACAUGUAUGCUAAGGCUGGCCAGAUUGAUGUGUCAAGGAGAGUCUUUGACUGCAUGGUGCUGAGGGACUUGAUUUCUUGGAAUGCGAUGGUCUCAGGGUACUCACUCAAUGGAUGCUUCCUAGAGGCUGUUGAAAUGUUGCAGGAGAUGCAGCAGGGUGGCAUGAGGCCGAAUGCAAGCACUCUUGUUGGCAUAAUUGGCAUGUGCGGAAGUGCCGGAGACAGGGUUGCUGGCGAUUCGCUGCAUGCAUUUGCACUGAAAGGUGGAGCGAUUGAUGAUGAAUCCCUUACAUCUGUAUUAAUCUCAAUUGAUUUUUUUGGUAUAAACCAUGGGGAGUCUGUGCAUGGCAUGAUUAUCAAGCUUGGCCUUGCAGAGCAGGUUUCUGUUGUUAGUGCUCUUGUGUCCAUGUAUUCGAAGCUUGGGAAAUUGGACUCAUCGUUGCUCCUUUUCUGUUGUUUUACUGAGAAAAACAAUAUCUUGUGGAACUCUAUGAUUUCUGGAUACCUUGUAAAUAAGGAGUGGAACAUGGCUCUUGAUGCGUUCUGCAAGAUGCAAAUUGCGGGUGUUGCUCCAGAUGCAACAACUGUCAUUAAUGUAAUAUCUGGAUGUAGAUACACAAAAGAUUUGCUCGUGGCAAAGUCAAUACAUGCAUAUGCUGUUAGAAAUAGAUUUGAAUCAUACCAGAGAGUUAUGAAUGCACUCCUAGCUAUGUACGCCGACUGCGGAGAUAUAUCAACUUCCUAUACAUUAUUCCAGAAAAUGGAAGUGCGGAUUUUGAUAUCUUGGAACACUAUGAUAUCUGGUUUUGCUGAAAUUGGAGAUUCAGAGACUUCUCUAACAUUAUUCUGCCAGAUGUUCCAUGAAGAAGUGCGGUUUGAUCUAGUUACUCUGAUUGGUCUUAUCAGCAGCCUUUCAGUGUCUGAGGAUGCCAUAGUUGGAGAGUCAGUUCAUUCUUUGGCAAUUAAAAGUGGAUGUAUUUCAGAUGUUUCGCUUACUAAUGCCCUCAUUACCAUGUACGCCAACUGUGGUAUUGUUGAAGCAGAGCUAGUUGCAGGGGAAGUGUAUACACAGCUAUGCAGUACGAAAUUUCACCAGGCUGAUAUGGUAGUUGAUUGCUUUAAGCAUAUGCUCUUCCUUAAUGUCAGACCUGAUGCAGUAACUAUGCUGGCACUCAUCUCAGCAUGUUCACAGCUUGGAAAUGCAGAUUUUGCUGCAUGUAUUAUGGCUGUCAUACUUCAGAAGGGCUUUAGCGCAAACAUUUUGGUUCUCAAUGCUCUUAUUGACACACAUUCGAGGUGCGGAAGCAUAUCAUUUGCAAGGGAGCUCUUUGAUAGCUCAGUGGAGAAAGAUUCAGUCACUUGGGGUGCAAUGAUCAAUGCAUACAGUAUGCAUGGGAAUGGUGAGGCUGCCCUUGAUCUUUUCUCAAUGAUGAUAGAUUCAGGAGUGGAUCCAGAUGAUAUAACUUUUGUUAGUAUAUUGUCGGCCUGCAGUCAUAAUGGUCUCGUAGAGCAAGGAAGAACAUUGUUCAAAUCGCUACAGGCAGACCAUGGCAUUACACCACGAAUGGAGCAUUAUGCAUGUAUGGUGGAUCUAUUGGGCCGAACUGGCCACUUGGAUGAAGCAUAUGAUAUUGUUAGGUCAAUGCCAUUCACGCCAUCAGAUAACUUGCUUGAAUCAUUGCUUGGAGCAUGCAGAUUCCAUGGUAACUAUAAAAUUGGGGAGUCUGUAGGAAAAUUACUCAUCAUAUCUGAGUAUGGCAAGUCAAGAUCUUAUGUUAUGCUCUCGAACAUAUAUGCUUCAGCUGGCAAAUGGAGUGAUUGUGAGCAGCUGAGAUUAGACAUGGAAGCAAAAGGAUUGAGAAAAAAUGUGGGGGUCAGGAAGCUGGAGUCGCAGGGCGUGCCCACCAAGCAGGUGGAGGCGAUCACCUCCGCAAUCACGGAGGUCCUCAAUGACAGCCUCGAGAGCAUCUCCGAGUCCUUUGUCUCCAAGACCAAGAUGCAGAGAAUGAGAUGCUGCAGGAGUCCAAUAUCUCCAAGUUCAAGUCACAAGUGCAGAGCUCGCAGUAACAAAUUUGUUGAGCUGCGGCUUGAAAGGAUGGCGGACAAGAAGAUCAAAGGGGCUGAUUCAUCUCACAUUGUCUCUUCAACAAAAUCUUUGCAAAGUUCAGUAGGGCCUAAUCUAAUUGAAGGUACUGAUGAAGACAAUAGUAAUAACCUUCAGAAGACAUUGAGCAGAAUAUUCCUAGCGGUGUUUCUAUCAACCCUUCACCAAAAGUGGACAGCAGUGAAUUGCCAUACUCUGUUGAAGUUCAUGAUGGUAUUCCAUCUUCCUCUAGCAAAGCUAAUGAACCAAUGGAAGCCCAAGAUGAUUCAAACACAGCCAGCUCCCAGCUGCAUGUUCGAGGCAUCAAAGCAGCAAGAAUGCCCUAUAAGCCUCAUAUUGACUGACAAGAAAGGCAAUUUGCAAGAAGUUUCAGUUGAACAAAAUGUUCCUUGUGGUGAUUAUGUUGCCCUUUCACCAAAAGCAGACGGUGGUGAAUUGACAUCAACCAAUGAAGUCCCUGAACGCUUUCUAACUUCCUCUAGCAGAGCUUAUGAAUCAAAGGAAGCCAAAGAUGAUUCUAUCACAAUGGAUGCUUCAGAAGUAAAUGUCUGUGAAGCUUCAUACUCCACGCUUAGGUUAAUUGAAGGGGUCCAGGAUGAGGCUUCUUGUAUUGAUUCUGGUAAAGUUACUUGUGAAACACCGCCUGCCAUCCUGGAAAGGGUGAAAGAAGAUAAGCCACUGGUCGUCCACAGAUCUCAUAAGCGCCAAAUGAGCCUAGGAGAUACACGGCAAAAGGUGCCUGCACCUGUGAGCAGAUCAAACACCAGCAAGUACUUAAGAAUGGAUAAAACCAUUGUUGAUACUACGUCUCCCAUUGAAUCAGUAAAGGUUGCUGCAUCAAAGUUUGGUGGCAGCAUCAACUGGAAAACUCGCAGGACACAGACAGCACUAGAGAGUGACCAUAUUGAGCUUGAUAAGCUGAAGAACGAAAUUUCAGAAUGUAAACAUCAAGCAGAAGCUGCAGAGGCUUCAAAGUUAUCGGUAUUAAAUGAGCUUGAGAGAACAAAGCAGCUUAUCAACGAGAUGAAACAUGUCCUGGAGAGGGAACAAACUGAAGAGGUGGAUGUCAUGGAGGACUUGGAGUUAGUUCAAUUUAAUUUACAAGCGAUGGAGGGAGUUGCCUGUAAUGAUAGUGCUGUGGUUGGAGAGAAGCUGAAUAAUAUUCAAGAACGACGCAAAGCAUUGAUUGCCAAAGUGAUGUCAGUGAAAGAUGAGUUGGGAAAAGUGCAGAUGGAUUAUGAUUCUUUGUUGAUCGAAACAGAUAGUUCCAUUAGCAAAGCUCAGGCAGCCUUCACAAUGUCCAAAGACGCAGAGAAAGAAGUAGAGGAGCUCACCAUAGAGCUCCAAAGACUAAAGGAAGUGUUUGAUUUGGCUAACGCCACAUGCCAGGAUGCUGAAGAACGGAAGAACACGUUAAUGGCACGUGAUGAGGAUUGCCUUGCAUGGGAAAAGGAUCUCAGGAAAUCAGACAAAGAGCUGAAUCAGAUCAGCUUGGACCUUUGUUCUUUUCAAGAAUUGCAAUCAAAGCAUGAUACGUCAGCCAUCAUGUUGCUCAAUCUCAAGAAUGAGCUAGCCACUUGUUUGGGGGCAAAGCUAAUCGGGGAAGCACGAGAACAAGAAAGUGGAACUCAUAAACCCAUGCAAGAAGAAGUCAUCAUUAUGUUAAAGAAAGAGCUCGAGGAGCACAGGAAAAGCAUAGCGAAGGUGACAAAUGAAUUAUGUGCUCAGAAAGCUACAGCUGCAUUGCUAAAAUCACAAUUGAACAAAGAGAGAGCAGCACUUGCCGCCACUCAACAGGUGGGAGCGAUGGCAUCCAUAACCACCCAAUCUCUCAAGAUGAACAUCGAACUGUCACAGCAGGAACUUCAAGCAGUCCAUGCCAAGGCACAGGAGUGCCGAGAUAGAAUGGACAAAGUUCUGCAAGAUGCAUCCCAGGAAGCUGACGAGGCUAAGGUCAUUGCUACCAAGGCUCAGGAGGAGCUAAGAAAGACCAAGGAAGAAGUGGAGCAAGCGAAGGUUGCUCUGAGCACUAUGGAAUUCAGGCUUGAAGCAGUCCUGAGGGACAUACAGGCGGCAAAAGAGUCCGAGAGGCUGGCGCUCAAUACCCUGAGAGCAUUGGAGGACAGCAAGGUUGCCGUGAACGUCAAACAAGGCUCCUCUUAG